UUUUAAUUAUUAUUGCGAUGAAACCGGUGUUUAGAACAGUUAAAAAAUUACCAGACGAGUCUCUUACGUAUACAAAUUGCGUAUACGUCAACAGGGAGCUCUAUGAAAAUCUGAGAUCAGAGUCCAUAAUGGCCUAUGCUACGAUAGAAGGGAUGGUUUUUUGCGCCAAAUUCCACGAACUGGCAACUGAGAAGGAUAUUUUCAUGAACAGCUGCGCGAGGGAACUUAUCAAAGUCUCAGUAGGCCAGGGCGUAACAGUGUCUUCCGAGUCCAAUCACACCGGAAACUCGAGAAAUUUCGAUAUCUCCGCCAAAUACCCACCCGCACAUCGCAUCAAAUUCAAUGUCUCACACUUCAAACCACAAAAUAAAGAGAUACCGUUGUUGGAGUUUGAGAAGUUGUCGUCACAGGUGAAGAAGAUGUUUAAUGAGCACGUUUUGCACUAUGACCAAUCGUUGCCGCUGCUGCUGGACAGGUCACAGCUUCGGCUCAAGGUGUGUAACUUGUACUUGGACUCUGGUGACGAGCAUUCGUUUAACUUGGCAAUUAAGGCGAGGCUGUGUUCGGACACUGAGUUGGAAUUUGGCUACACGACAAUCGAGGGCACAGAGCUUAAGAUCCCAAAGACCCAGAGCAUAUUUAAACCCAAUUUCAAAUUUGAGGAGCUGGGAAUUGGAGGCUUAGACAACGAAUUCGCGGACAUUUUCAGGAGAGCAUUCGCAUCCAGAAUUUACCCGCCAGAACUCCUCAAGGAACUCGGAAUCUCACACGUCAAAGGCCUCCUACUCUACGGACCACCCGGAACCGGUAAAACACUAAUCGCCAGACAAAUCUCCAAAGCUCUCAACUGCACCAAACUCAAGACGGUGAAUGGUCCGGAGAUAAUGAGUCGUUUUUUUGGUCAGUCUGAGGAGAAUGUGCGGAAUUUAUUUUUGGACGCGGAGAACGAAUAUGCGCGAAUGGGUGACCGGUCCGGCCUGCACAUUAUCAUAUUCGAUGAAAUCGACUCCAUAUGCCAAAGGAGAGGAUCCGACACUUCCGGCACAGCCGCGAGGGACAGUAUAGUGAACCAGCUACUGUCGAAGAUUGACGGAGUCGACUCGUUAAACAAUAUUCUGUUGAUUGGCAUGACGAAUCGGCUGGACAUGAUAGACGAGGCGUUGUUGAGGCCUGGGCGGUUUGAGGUGCACAUAGAAGUGGGACUACCAGACGAAAACGGCAGGCAACAGAUACUUAAAAUACACACCAAAGUAAUGAGGGAAUCCAAACGACUCUCAAACGACGUCGAUCUCAACCACGUCGUCAAACAAACCAAAAAUUACUCCGGAGCUGAACUCGAAGGUUUGGUGAAGUGUGCGGUGAGUUAUGCGAUACAGCGUCAUGUUGAUGGUAGUGACUUGAGUAGGCCGAAGAACAUUGACCAGAUAAUAGUGAACCAGAACGACUUUGAGUCAGCGUUGUUGGAGGUUAAGCCUGCGUACGGCGUGGACUCCGUAAACUUAAACACAUUCUCAAGGCAUGGAAUUAUCCCGUUUGGGAGUAAAUUCCAGGAGGUUUUGGAAACUUGCAUAACCCUGGCAAAACAAGUGUCAAAAUCCGACAAGACACCCGUGCUCUCAGUGCUCUUACACGGACCCGUAGGGUCCGGGAAAUCAGCACUAGCAGCACACGUAGCAUCAAUCGCAGCUUUCCCAUUCGUCAAAGUCAUCUCACCAGAAUCUUACAUCGGACUCUCAGAGUUGGCGAAGGUGAAUGCGAUACAUAAGGCGUUUGAUGAUGCGCAUAAGACACCGCAGUCGUUGAUAAUUUUGGAUAACAUUGAGCGGUUGAUAGAUUACUCGCCGAUUGGCCCUAGGUUCAGCAAUAACAUACUCCAGUGCCUUUUAAUUCUAAUUAAAAAGGCGCCGGAACACCAGAGACGCAUUUUCGUUAUCGGCACCACCUCAGAAGAAGAGUUCAUGGAAAUGGCGAACGUGACGGAGGCGUUUACAGUGUCCACGCAGGUGCCACUUGUCACAGGCCCAAACGAGAUCAUCCAGGCACUCAGCGGAGUCAAACUUCAAGACCUCACAUUCACACAAGAAGAAAUUUAUCUCGUGGCAAAUUCGGGGAAGGUGCCGGAGAUUGGGAUUAAGCACCUGCUCCUGGCGCUGGAAAUCGCAAUUCAAAAGACCAUCGAACUUGGAACGAGUUACAUAUCGAGUGGUACGUUUUUGGAGAGUUUGGAGGCGUGUGGUUACUUGUAAUAUUAUAAAUGUGUAUA